CCAGUUUGCAGAGAGCUGUUUGGAACACUCAGUGUAGGAGGGGCUCCAGAGUUAUGUAAUCUUAAGGCAGAACUGCUGUAAGUUUAGAGUGCGUCACACUGUGCAAAAGAUACCAGGGAAUCAGGCAGGUGGAAACAUGUCUGGAAAACCCAAGCUGCACUACUUCAAUGGACGUGGUCGCAUGGAAACAAUUCGGUGGCUCCUGGCAGUAGCUGGGGUUGAGGUUUUGAAAGACCAUGGAAAAGACUUUCUGGUUGGCAACCAGCUGACCAGGGCAGAUGUUCAAUUACUUGAAAUCAUUUUGAUGGUGGAGGAGUGGAAGCCUGAUAUCUUUGCCAAAUUUCCUCUCUUGCAGAGUUUCAAAGCAAGACUAAGCAACAUCCCCACAAUAAAGAAAUUCCUGCAGCCUGGCAGCCAGAGGAAACCACCAUCAGAUGACGAUGUUGUAGACAAAGUGAUGAAAAUUUUCUACUCCUGAGCAGCACCCUAAAGCCACAGAAACUCUGUUUCAUUGUAUUUGCAGAUAGUAGGAAGGUGAAAUUAAUGAAAAUAAUGGAAAUGUCAAAUUAAUGGAAUGAGUGAAAAAAUGUUUUUGAUCUUUCCUGUGCAACAGGGCUGGUUUUAGCCUACUGCAGACACUUCAGUGUUAAACUACAUGAGUGUACCAGCAAAGGAAACAGUUCACUAAAUAGGGGGUAUAUUGGACAACACAGAAUGCCUUAGAUAACUAAAAAGCUACCUGAAAUAAAUUCUUGCUGUUGAUACUCAAAA